CAGCAUCAGCAGUAGCAGCACAGCCGUCGGUGCGAUGUCGGCGGACGACCUGAUCAGCCCGGGAGGGUGUUGACGGAGCGUGGAGGACAACAGAUCCGCGAGAUGAUGUUUGUCCCCCUCUGGAAGGCCGAUGAUAAAUGACUUCAGUGGAACAUGUGGAGGAGUGUCAGGAGGGAAAUUUGGAACCCAAUGAGUUUUUCUUGCCUUUUCUUCAUGGAGAGAGAAUAGCUCGGUUUUUCUGUUUAAAAAAAAAAAAAAAACUGUAAAAAUGCAUCCGUUCCUGACAAUUAAUGUCAAGCGGCAGCCUGAUGCAGACGUGCACCACCUCGCCUGAAGCGCUGUCACUAAUGGCUGGGAAGCCACAUGAGAUUCACCACCCUAAACGCACAUAAACGCUUCGUGAUGCCUUCAAAAGUGUCAUGCCUCUACGUGUUGACGGUUGUUUGCUGGGCGAGUGUCCUGUGGUAUCUAAGCAUAUCCAGACCCACGGCGUCUUACAUCGGGCCGCUGUCUGCGCCUGCACGGAAGACAGUCAAAGCCCACAAAAGCGCCAACACCACUUUCAGCAACAUCCGAACGCGUCCGUUAAAUCCCCACGUGUUUGAUUUCAUCAUCAACGAGCCCAAGAAGUGUGAGACGAACAUGCCGUACCUGGUGAUCCUCAUCAGCACGACGCACAAAGAGUUUGAUGCUCGGCAGGCAAUCCGGGAGACGUGGGGCGACGAGAGCACAUUCAGCGACCUGCGCAUCAUCACCCUCUUCCUCCUCGGACGCAGCACGGACAGUGUCCUCAACCAGAUGGUGGAACAGGAAAGCCAGAUCUUCCACGACAUUGUCAUAGAGGACUUUGUGGACUCCUACCAUAACCUGACCCUAAAGACCCUGAUGGGGAUGCGCUGGGUGGCCACGUUUUGCAACCAGGCAAAGUAUGUGAUGAAGACAGACAGCGAUAUCUUUGUCAACAUGGACAACUUGGUGUACAAGUUGCUAAAACCAGACACCAAGCCCAGGAGGAGGUAUUUUACAGGGUAUGUUAUAAACGGCUCUCCUAUUCGGGACAUGCGGAGUAAGUGGUACAUGCCCAGAGAUUUAUACCCAGAGAGCAAGUACCCACCCUUCUGUUCUGGAACGGGCUAUGUGUUCUCAGCAGAUGUGGCUGAGCUUAUUUAUAAGACUUCCCUCCACACACGUCUUCUCCAUUUGGAGGAUGUUUACGUUGGGGUUUGCCUAAGGAAGCUUGGCAUUCAUCCUUAUCAGAACAGUGGCUUCAAUCACUGGAAAAUGGCUUACAGCCUCUGUAGGUACCGGAGAGUCAUUACCGUGCACCAGAUCUCCCCGGAGGAAAUGCAUAGGAUCUGGAAUGACAUGACUAGCAAGAAACAUCUCAAGUGUUAGUAAUGCCUGAGGACUAUUGUGUA